UCUUGGAAUACCAAGAAGCAGGACACCGUGUCUCAUUCUUCCGCAGAAGCAGAGUAUAGGGCGAUGGCGGCGACACUGCGAGAGCUGAAAUGGUUGAAGCGUCUGCUGGGAGAUUUUGGAGUGAAACACAGUGAGCCUAUGCAGAUGUUCUGCGAUAGUAAAUCGGCCAUUUACAUAGCUACGAACCCUGUGUUUCACGAAAGAACGAAACACAUCGAGUCAGACUGUCAUAGUGUGCGUGAUGCAGUUCAGGAUCGGCUGAUCGCGUUUCGUCAUGUACGGACAACAGAGCAACUAGCCGACAUAAUGACAAAGGCGUUGGGGAGCUCAUCGUUUCACUAUCUACUAAACAAGUUGGGCGUUCGAAACUUACACGCGCCAACUUGAGGGGGAGUGUUAAGAGUGGUUUGGGUUGGUCGGACCGUAUCGGUUAUGUCAUAUCUCGUUAGAGAUUGAGGUUGUUGAGAUAAGGACAAUGUAUUAUAGAUAAGUCUUUGGUAGUUGUAGAUGUAGCCAGAUCUUCCCAAGAAGAUAUUGUAGAGAUGUAUAAGUACUUGACGUAUGUGAAUACAAUCAACAACAGUUUCCGUAACACAUUCUCUCUGAGUUUACAAGAGACAAUUCCUUGAUCGAAAGCGAACCGGACGAGGCAUGACCGAAGUGAAUGAGAUCUGGUCACCGGUUUGGGGAAACGAGAAGCAGAGAUGAGAAAUAGCCAUCGUCAUCAUCGGUUUGCUCUAAGGCUCUUUGUAGAUGUCACCAAAUAGACGUAAUGAAAAAGUCAAGUGGGCCAUCCCAAUUGUCCUCCCGCUUUGGUCCAACCCGCUUUGGCCAAUACCAUUGCUGUUAUGCCCGCGAGGCCCGCUGAUUAACCCGUCCUGCAGUGGGUCUUUAUGUUUGGAUCAAGACGCGACAACAAGCAAUAGAGACCAAUUCCGAUAUGUUCAAAAAACACCCUAAUAUCUACUUUCGUUGUUUAGGGAUGCGAUGCUCAUUCAUAGCAGAUCUAGCAACCUAUUAUACGUUUAAUGAACAGGUUAAACCUAAGAUCUAACAUUAAGCAGCCAGUUUAAUGCAAGCAAUAUGAACGGUAAUGAAUGCAGACAAUCGGUUUAUAACUUAUUAAUCUUUAGCUCACGUAUCUAACAACCUAACACCCUAGACUAAGCAAGUGGACUACUCAACCAUGAACAAAGAAAUCACAGAGAAAAUUGAUGAAGAAAACAUAUUGAAUAAAUAAAUAAAUAAGACAACGUUCACGAAUCUUCUCAAGACGAGAGACAUGAAGCCUUCUCCCUUUCAAGGUAGCAAAUUUUCAAGUACAAAAGUCUCCAAUGGUUUCUUGUUUUAAAUAAUAGAGAAUAAGAAAAUAUAUAUUGCAGAUCUUUGGCGGCUGCUGGAGAGAAAAUUGGGAUGACUAGAGCAAAUCUCGAAAUAUUAGAAGUUUCCAUAAAAAUCUCUGUCGCGGGAACAUGCAUUUCGAGUGCUCCGCUCGAUCAGGAACAAUCAAUUAGACUGCUCUGCGUGAAAAACUCCAAAUUACACUAUUUUCUCCUCUUUUCCAAAAAUUGGUCUAUCUCCCAUCCAAUGAAAGUACAUACCUGUAAUGACUCGAAAACGACUAGGAAGACUCGAUAAAGACUUGAAAACCAAUUAGAAAACAUAUAUACAAGAUACCAAAAACACCAUAUAUCACCGCCGAAUGGCCGGGUUUGGGCCUUUUUGAAGACAUUUAAGUUAAAUGGAUCGAGAUUGGUUCUUUAGCCAUCCAACCAACAUAAUACUUAGGGGUGGACGUUCUAGUACCCAUUCAGGUCCGGUUCGGGUCUCUUCGGGUUUCCGGUUUUUGGAGUCAAAGAUUUUAGCCCCAUUCGAAUAUUUCUAAAUUUCGUUAUGGGUUCAGUUCGGAUCUUUGCGGGUUUGGAUAACCCAUUUAAAUUAUUUACUCAAAAAUAUAAACAAAAUAAUAUAUUACAUAUAAGUUUGAAUAACAUAUGUCAAAAUACCUAAACUUAACAUAUAAAUUGGUUUGGUUUGAAUAUUUGGAUAGAGAAUAAAUAAAUAUUUUAAGUAUUUUUGGCAUUUUGAACAUUUACUUUUGAUUUUUUUGUAAAUAUUUUCAAGUAUUUUGGAUAAGUUAAAAGUUUCAAUUAUUUUUUGGAUGUUUUUUAAUAUACAUUAAAUCUAAAAAAUAAUUAAUAUAUAGGUUUAUAAAUCUAUUUCAGAUACAUUCGGGUACCCAAAAUAUUUUGAUUCAGAUCGGGUUCAGUUUCGAUUCUUUAAAUACCAAAAUUUUAGAUCCGUUCAGAUAUUUAAUCUAUUUCGGUUUGGAUUUGGUACUAGUUUCUUCGGUUCGAUUUUUCGGAUCCGGAUUUUUUGCCCAGCCAUAAGAAUACUAAUCAAAUUUGGACUAUAAUGUAAUAUCUUAAAAUGUAAGGUCAUAAAUCUUAUCAACAGAAUACGCUAUUUAUAUGUUGGAUUGUGGUAUCCAAACGACAAAUCCAAUAACUCUAAAGUUGUGAGUGAGGGAGGAAAGAAUUUAAGGAGUGAAAGUGAAAUAGUUAUCUUUUGAAAAGGGAGAUGCUGUAAUUCUAAUCAUAAGUAAAGGGACGAAUCUGUAAUUUAUAAAACGCCUGGCUUUGUAUUUAUUCGCACUGGUGACAAAAUUCGAAGUUAACACAAUGAAACCGUCACAACGGUCAAGCAACCGAAUCAUUGAUCAGCUCGCCGCCGCCAUGAUCCAGAACCGUCCAUUCGACGCCGUCCUCGCCUCUUCAACAGUCGCAAGUCCAUGGACUCAUCAGCUCGUCUCCAAUAUCCUCCGCUCCAUCCCCAGAUUCUUCUUCAUGUCCCCACGUUCCAUCGGCCGGCAGAAGGGUUUCCGUCACCGGUCGCCGUUAAAACAGAGAAACCUCCGUGAAGAAUCAGCACGACGCCGUCUUGAAGUCCUAGUUCUAGGUCCCGGCGCGUAUGUAGAUCCUAAGAAAGUAUCUCUCGGUUUGCAUAAAGCAAGGGAGUUCUUCUUUUGGAUCGAGACACACUUCGGUUUCGAACAUAACGAGAUCACUUGCAGAGAAAUGUCAUGCUUGUUUGCCAAAGGAAACGACUUCAAAGGUCUCUGGGACUUUCUCCGGCAAGUCUCGCGACGUGAGAACGGAGGAAGCGUGGUGACCACAUCGUCUAUAACGUGUUUGAUGAAAUGCCUAGGAGAAGAAGGUUUUGUGAAAGAGGCAUUAGCUACGUUUUACAGGAUGAAAGAGUAUCACUGCAAACCCGAUGUUUACGCUUACAAUACAAUCAUCAACGCUCUUUGCAGAGUAGGGAACUUUAAGAAGGCUCGGUUUCUGUUGGAUCAGAUGCAGUUGCCGGGGUUUCGAUACCCGCCGGAUGCGUAUACUUACACCAUUUUGAUAAGCGCGUACUGUAGAUAUGGGAUGCAGACCGGAUGCAGGAAGGCGAUAAGGAGGAGGAUGUGGGAAGCUAACCGAAUGUUUAGGGAGAUGCUGUUCAGAGGGUUUGCACCUGAUGUGGUUACUUACAAUUGCUUGAUCGAUGGAUGCUGCAAAACGAACAGGAUUGGUCGGGCUUUGGAGCUGUUUGAAGAUAUGAAGAAGAGGGGGUGCGUACCGAACCAGGUGACGUACAAUUCUUUUAUAAGAUAUUACAGUGUGACCAAUGAGAUAGAACGCGGGAUCGAGAUGAUGAGGAUGAUGGAGAAGAUGGGUCACGGUGUAGCUGGUUCAAGCACGUACACGCCGCUGAUACACGCUCUUGUUGAGACCAGGAGAGUGGCUGAGGCUCGGGAUUUGGUGGUGGAGAUGGUGGAGGCCGGGUUGGUUCCUAGAGAGUAUACUUAUAAGUUGGUGUUGGAUGCUCUGAGCUCGGAAGGAAUGGUGGGUACACUUGAUGAAGAGGUGCAUAAGAGAAUGAGACAAAGUAUAGACCAGAGAUGUAGAAGAGUCAUGAAGAUCAAACCUGUCAUGGCUAGAAAAGAGGUGGUCCAUGAUAAAUGAAUACUUCCUGUUCAAACCUUGUAUUGUGCUAUGUUGUAAUACUUCAUGAAUACUUUUGUUACUUGUUCAUGAUAAGAAAGGUAAGAGAAAUCAAUACUAAAGA